CUCAAUUCCCUUGUGCUCUCUCUUUAUUCUCUUGGUCAUGGGUCAUCGCUUAUACUCGUCAAUUACUACUUCAAAAGAGUAUAAGCAGCCAUCACAGUACCAUCCUCGCGGCAAUCUAACACCCAACUCUUUCUCACGCUAGAUGACGAAGUUAUAUAAAUGGUGCUGCAGUUUUCAUGAAUUCUAUGAGACGUUUUGGCCAUAAGCAUCGUUCAUUCACUACUUCUGCUUCAACUCCAUCAUAUUCAUUUCCAUGGAUCUCUCCUCUUCAAUUUUCAAAAGCAACUCAUGUACAAGAUUCACCAACUGAAACCUCAAACACCCUUGUGGAUUCUCGGAGAAAAUCAAAAUUCAUCUCUCACGAGUCUGCCAUAAAUUUGAUCAAACAUGAGAGGGAUCCACAAUAUGCAUUAGAAAUUUUCAACAUGGUAGCAGAACAAAAGGGUUUCAAUCACAAUCAUGCUACCUAUUCAACCAUAAUUCAUAAGCUUGCUCAGGCCAAGAAGUUUCAGGUGGUUGAUGCACUGCUUCAUCAGAUGACCUAUGAAACUUGCAAAUUUCAUGAAAAUAUAUUACUUAAUCUUAUGAAGCAUUUCUCUAAGUCUUCUCUGCAUGAGAGAGUGCUUGAGAUAUUCUAUGCAAUUCAGCCAAUAGUUCGUGAGAAGCCAUCUCUCAAAGCCAUCAGCACGUGUCUCAAUCUGUUGAUUGAAGCAAAGCAGAUUGAUUUGGCCCAGAAAGUUCUGUUAUAUGUCAAGGAGUGUCUCAAAGUAAGACCAAAUACCUGUAUUUUUAACAUCUUGGUCAAGCAUCAUUGCAAAAUUGGGGAUCUUGAAUCUGCCUUUCAAGUUUUGAAGGAGAUGAAAAAGUCCGGUAGGACUUAUCCUAAUUUGAUUACCUACUCAACUCUGAUGGACGGGCUAUGCAAAAGUGGAAGACUCAAUGAAGCAAUUGAAUUGUUUGAGGACAUGGUGGCAAAGGAUCAGAUAUUGCCUGAUGCUCUCACUUACAGUGUUUUGAUUAAUGGCUUUUGCAAUGGGGGGGAAGUUGAUAGGGCCAGGAAGAUAAUAGAGUUUAUGAGAAAUAAUGGAUGCAACCCAAAUUUAUUUAAUUAUUCAGCCCUGAUGAAUGGAUUUUGUAAAGAGGGAAGGUUUAAGGAGGUCAAAGAGCUUUUUGAUGAGAUGAAGAGCUUUGGCUUGAAACCUGAUACAGUUGGCUACACUACAUUGAUAAAUUGUUUCUGUGGGACAGGUAGAAUAGAUGAAGCCAUGGAGUUGCUUAAAGAGAUGGCAGAAAUGAAGUGCAAACCUGAUGUUGUAACUUUUAAUGUGUUGCUUAAAGGUUUGUGCAGAGAAGGCAGGUUUGAUGAGGCUCUUGGGAUGCUUGAGAAACUAGCUUAUGAGGGUGUUUAUCUGAAUAAAGGGAGUUACAGGAUUGUUUUGAAUUUCUUGUGCCAAACAGGUAAGCUGGAGAAGACUUGUGAACUGUUGGAUUUUAUGCUCAGUAGAGGCUUUGUACCCCAUCAUGCAACUUCAAAUGAGUUGUUGGUUCGCCUAUGUAAAGCUGCAAUGGUGGAUGAUGCUGUUACAGCAUUAUUUGGAUUAGCAGAAAUGGGGUUUAAACCAGAACCUGAUUCAUGGGCUGUUUUAGUUGAACAUAUAUGCAGAGAAAGAAAAUUGUUGUUUGCAUUUGAACUGCUUGAUGAGUUAGUUACCAAAUAAGCUGGCAAUUGUACACCGUUUUAAUCUCAAUCGAUGAAAUUUGCAAA